GAUCCAACUUUUACAACUCCUCACGAUAACCAGUUCUUCCCGAGUCCACCUUGCACCGCCCAGCCGCGCGUACCUGUCACACACACCAGCCGGACGCGUGCGUGGUGCGGCGCUUGCUUCUUUUCAAAGUCGCUUUCAACACAUUUGAGCACAUAUUCUCUUCACCGGCCAAACUGGAGACCCUGGUGUACCUGCAAGAUUCGGAGCUUGUGGCGGCCUUUCAGAGACGAUGUGGACUUUACUUUGUCCAGGCGACGCGUCACAGUCGGGGGAUGGCGCUCGCUGGAGACCCCGACCAAAUUCACCAAUCACGUGGUUUACGUAAAACGACGCGGGAGCGCCAGGACAGAAAUUCUAACUAUAAAUACAACGAAGACGGCUGCGGCGCACCGGAGUAUGAAGUGAGGAACUGGCUGCUGCACUUCCUUUUUCUGUUCUCGGCUGGCCUUGGUCACGAAGUCUUUUAUAUCACCUGUCUACCAUGUAUUCAUUGGUACCUGGACCCCUUCCUUUGUCGACGCCUCAUUAACAUGUGGACUCUGGUGAUGUACAUCGGCCAGGUAAUGAAGGAUGUCCUAAAGUUGCCCCGUCCUUGCUCCCCUCCCGUGGUCAAGCUGGAGAUGCGUGUUGAUGCAGAGUAUGGGCUGCCUUCGACUCAUGCCAUGGCCGCCACAGCAAUCUCCUUUACAUUGUUACUGAGUGCCCCUUCCAGAAUCCAGUUCCAGUUUGAGAUGGGUCUGCUGAUGGCUGUGACACUGUCGACCAUGGUGUGCUUGAGUCGUCUCUACACCGGCAUGCACUCAGUUCUGGAUGUCAUCUGUGGCGUUUUGCUCGCAGCCCUUCUAUUGUUUCUCACACACCCCUAUUGGGAAGCCUUCGACCGGUUCCAGCUCACCAGUCGCGUGUCGCCAAUCCUGGCGUUGACGCUGCCCCUCUUUCUCAGCUACACAUACCCAGAGCUGGAGCAUUACAGCACCACCCGGGGGGACACCACCACCAUCCUUGGAGUCGGGGCUGGCUGCUCUGUGGGAUAUUGGGUGAACAAACAGUUGGGGGAGACAUUUGAGCCAGAAGGAGUUCUGCCUGUUCCCUUACCCACACUGACAAGAUCCGCACUGGUGUAUGGCACCGCCCGCUUCCUCGUUGGAGUGGGGGCCCUGGUGGGUACUCGGCAGAUUGUAAAAGCGGUCAGCCUGCAUUUGUUGUUCUGGUGGCACAAAGUGCCAAAAUAUGACCGCAGUGCCAGGAUGCGCAAAGAGAUUGAAGUACCAAGCAAGUAUGCCACGUACACAGCUGUUGGACUUGUUCAUUCUAUAAUGGUCAAUAGAGUCUUCCUUCUACUAGGGCUAUGAUUAAUAGAACAUUGAAGAAAACAACCAGUUCUCAAAAAUGUUUAUAAUCUGCACUUGCAGUGACAAAUAUUAUGUAUAAUGAAUCCUAAUAAAUACUCAAUGGGCUGUU